AUGGAUCCGGCUGAGGCAGCACAACGCCAAGCCGAUUUACGUCGUAUGCGUGAACUCAUGUUCCGUGCUGAACAAAAGGCUCGACGAGCCAACAAAAUCAAGAGCAAAACAUAUCGCCGAAUUCAUCGUAGGGAGCGCGAACGAUUACAGCAGCAGCAACGAGAGGAAGCUAAGGGUGCUGCUGAUCAGGAUAGUGAUGGCGACCUUGAUGAAGAAGAACGGUUCCAAGCUGCGAAAGAGCGAGCGAGAGAGCGAGCAACGCUUCGUCAUAAAAAUACCGGCAAAUGGGCCAAAUUCCAUGCUAGUCGGCAUGAUGAUGCAUCUACUGAUGCACGGUUAGCUGUGGAAGAGCAGUUGCGACGUGGCGACGAGCUGAGAAAGCGCAUUCAUGCUGCAGGUGAUGAUGAUGACGAAUCAAUCGGUUCUAUGGACAGUACAAAUGAGCAGGAGGCCGUGGCUUUUGAUGAGCUUGAGACAUUUGCUCGGAGGGAAGCCGAACAGGAUGCACGUGAUGAAGCGGAGCUUGAGGCAUCUGGAAAAAAGGGUAAGAGCGUCUUUCAUAUGAAGUUUAUGAAAGAUGCGAGUGAUCGACAGAAAAGAGCGACACAGGAGACAAUCGAGUCGCUUCGCAAUGAAUUUGCGCAUGCGGCUGCUGAUCACGACGAUGAUCACGAUGUGAAUGAAGAUGCUUGGACCGACUCGAAUCGCGACGCUAUGGGAGCUGCAUCUACAGGUCGUGCCAUGUAUGGUAAGGGCUUUGCAACAAAGACUGUACAAGCUCCAUUAGCUCAUGUCCCUGCGCGACCCACUAAUCCAUUUCACACAGGUGGUUCGAAUCCGUGGCUCCAGUCUAACGCAUCCAUGGCGGGUGGUGGCCAUAGCGCCGGCGCAUCUAGGCAAACACCUCAAGUUCUCAUUGGCAAAGAUAGUCGCGCAGCCUCGCGUUCGGUCCAUCGGACUGAACGCCAUGCAUCGCGUGGAAGCGACUCGCGCGCUUUGGCGGCUGAUGACGCGACGCUAGACAUUGAUCCUACUGCGCAGCUUGAGACGGCUACUAGUGAAGAAGAGGACGAUCCAGAGCCUGUCGAAGUGACGCGGCAUGCAUCACGAGGAAAGCGUGGUCGUGGCCAGCGACAUGUAUCGAUGCAGCGUGAUCUUGUUGCUGAAGCAUUUGCUGGAGACGAUGUGGCUUUGGACUUUGCGAAAGAGAAGCGUGCGGCGAUAAAAGCCGAUGCACCCCGAGAAGAAGACACCACGCUCCCUGGCUGGGGAAGCUGGGGAGGAAAGGGUGUGCGACGAAAACCAAAGAAUCCCGCUCUGAUCAAGAAAAUUGGCGGGCUCGAUCCGGCGAAACGCAAGGAUUUUGGAAUGGACAAUGUGAUUGUUAAUGAACGCCUCGACAAGAAAGCUGCCAAAUACAAGGCCCAGGACUUGCCGUUCCCCUACACGAGCGCUGCUCAGUAUGAGGCCGCGAUGCGAACGCCUAUUGGUGCUGAGUGGAACACGCGGACACAACAUCAGCGUAUGACCAUGCCGCGUGUCACAACCAAGAUGGGCCAGCGCAUUGACCCUAUUCGUACGUACGACAGAGGCAUGGGACACGACUAA